AUUUUGAAUACUUACAUGACCAUAGUAUGCGAAUGGCUUCUUCCACAUUUUUACUACCUCUUUUCGUUUCUCUAAUUUUCCAUAAUUUUCAGCACUCAUCUUCAUUCUCCCUCUCCGUGGAGAAAUUCAAAGAAGAUGUAAUAGUGUCAUCACCAAAGGGCAAAUUCACUGCAGGGUUUUACCCUGUAGGGGAUAACGCAUACUGCUUUGCCAUAUGGUACACACAACCACCUCACACCCUUGUUUGGAUGGCCAACCGGGACCAGCCGGUCAACGGAAAACGCUCUACCCUUUCCCUUCUCACUACCGGUAACCUCGUACUAACCGAUGCUGCUCAGUUCAUGGUAUGGUCCACAAACACCGCCACCUCAUCUAAACAAGUCCAGUUACAUUUCUACGACACCGGUAACCUCGUUCUCCUCGACAACUCCGACAACGUUGCUCUUCUGUGGCAAAGCUUCGAUUUCCCAACGGACACGCUUCUUCCUAAUCAACCUCUCCGCAAGAGCACCAACCUUAUUUCCUCGAGAAGCGGGACCAACUAUUCUUCUGGUUACUACAAACUCUUCUUCGACUUUGAGAAUGUUCUCCGCCUUAUGUACCAGGGCCCUCAAGUUUCAAGCGUUUACUGGCCAUAUGAUUGGCUUCGGAGCAACAAUAUCGAUUAUGGUAUUGGUAAUGGUAGAUACACUUUCAACGAUAGUAGGGUGGUUGUGCUAGAUGAUUUCGGCUACUUGGUUUCUUCUGAUAACUUCACUUCCAAAACAAGUGAUUACGGGAUGAUAAUCCAACGGAGAUUAACACUCGAUCACGACGGAAAUGUUCGUGUGUAUAGCAUCAAAGACGGACAAGACAAGUGGUCGGUAUCAGGAAUAUUUCGGCGACAACCUUGUUUUAUUCAUGGGAUUUGUGGUCCUAGCAGUAUUUGCAGUUAUGAACCAGCAAGUGGAAGAAAGUGUUCGUGCCUUCCAGGGUAUCGAUGGCUUGAUAGCGAAGACUGGUCUCAAGGUUGUGUACCGAAGUUCCAACUUUGGUGCCGCAACAACAACACUGAGCAAGAUUCUCGCUUCCUGCAGUUACCCGAAGUGGAUUUUUACGGAUACGACUAUGGCUUCUUUCUGAAUCACACGUAUCAACAAUGUGUAAAUCUGUGCUUGCGAUUGUGCGAAUGCAAAGGGUUUCAACACAGCUCUUCGGGGCAAGGCGGUGUUAAUGGUCAGUGCUACCUCAAGACACAGUUGUUAAAUGGCCAUCGUACACCGGGUUAUUCGAGAUCAUUCAUCCUGCGACUGCCUUCGUCCAUGCAUGACUAUGACGAGAACACCAUCAAUAUUGGUUUGGUUUGUGGGGGAAACAGAGGAGUGCAAGUACUAGAGAGACCGUAUGUGGAAGAGAAAGAAAAUGGAUCGGUCAAGCUCAUGAUGUGGUUUGCAAGUGCCUUGGGAGGAAUUGAGGUCGUGUGCAUCUUUAUGGUGUGGUGUUUCUUGUUUAGGAAAAAUAAUGCUGAUAAACAAAUCUAUGUUCUUGCAGCUGAAACGGGGUUUAGGAAAUUCAGUUACUCUGAACUGAAACAAGCCACCAAAAACUUCAGUGAAGAGAUUGGAAGGGGUGGUGGAGGUACUGUGUAUAAGGGUGUCUUGUCUGAUAAUCGAGUAGCGGCAAUAAAGAGACUGCAUGAAGUAGCGAACCAAGGAGAAAGUGAGUUCCUGGCUGAAACAAGCAUCAUUGGAAGGCUUAACCACAUGAACUUAAUUGGCAUGUUGGGGUAUUGUGCAGAGGGUAAGCAUAGGUUGUUGGUUUAUGACUACAUGGAGAAUGGUUCUUUAGCUCAAAACCUAGAUUCAAGUUCGAAUGUGCUUGACUGGAGUAAAAGGUAUAACAUUGCUCUAGGAACGGCAAGGGGUCUGGCCUACUUGCAUGAAGAAUGUCUGGAGUGGAUUUUGCAUUGUGAUAUUAAGCCCCAAAAUGUACUUCUUGAUUCUGAUUACCAACCCAAGGUAGCGGAUUUUGGCUUGUCUAAGCUACUUAACCGGAACAGCAACCUCAACAAUUCAAACUUCUCGAGGAUAAGAGGAACAAGAGGUUACAUGGCACCGGAAUGGGUUUUCAACUUGCCCAUCACUUCCAAGGUGGAUGUCUACAGCUAUGGAAUUGUUGUCUUGGAGAUGAUAACUGGAAGGAGCCCAACAACAGGUGUCCGAGUCACAGAAUUAGAAGCAGAGUCGCAUCAUGACGAGAGGUUAGUGACUUGGGUGAGGGAGAAAAAGAUGAAAGCAUCAGAAGUGGGAUCAACUUGGGUGGAUCGAAUCGUUGACCCUGCUUUGGGAUCAAACUAUGACAUGAAUCAAAUGGAGAUAUUAGCAACGGUGGCUUUGGAAUGUGUAGACGAAGACAAAGACGUGAGGCCCAGCAUGAGUCAAGUUGCUGAGAGGCUCCAAAAUCACGAAAAUGAUUCUUGAUUCACUUCUACGGAUCCGUUUACUCUUGUUUUUUUGGUUGAUUUUAUCUAUCAUAAAUUGUCUGUUUGCGGUAAAUCUUCAAUUUGUAGUGCAGUUUAAUGCAGAUGUUGUGUAUCAGAUUCUAGUGUGGCUACAGUAUUAUGUUGUUAUAGUAGCUGGAAUUAUUUAGUAGUAGUAGUAGACCCUGUGUAUUACAAUAUUUCCAUCAAUUGCAACCUACUAUUUUGCUUCUUUAA